AUGCUUUCAGCUUUCGGGCCAUCCUUACUCCUUUGCUCAGGUAAGCUGGAGAAGUUUCGGAGUACACGAGGCGCAGCACGUCAUUUGGCCACAGCACUUGGCGACGACGCCAAAGAUGCCUUCCGAAGAGCUCUGCUCCAAGGAACCCAUCAGCCACGGUGUGCAAAGCUGGGGUUUGUUGGCCCUGCACGCGCUGGGAAGACAUCGACUUUGCAAGCCUUGGCGGGCCUGCCUCUGAGGCGCGAUCAGGAGAGCACGCACGGCCUGGCUUGCUGGGCACUCUCACAGGACCUGAUCUCUGCAGCUCCAGGGCAACGUUGGCAGCUGCAGGACGCGCAGACAGCGGCGAGCUGCUCCCGCUGGGAUCGCGGCGUCGCAAAGUAUGUGGCAGACCUCGUGCGCCCACCUGGCAAUGCCGUUCCGCCCAAUGCGGCGAAGAUGGGAAAGCAAGAAGCCCUGGAUGAGAAAGCCGUCAUGAAGCGAAUGCCGGUGGAUUUGAUUGCAAGGCGGCUUGGAGAGACUGCGGCCAACUUGAACACCUCUCACGAGGACAAGACGGUCGUGCUGGAGGCUUACGAUUUUGGCGGCCAGGAAGUAUACUACGCCAUGCACCAUCUGUUUCUGAGUGAUUAUGGCAUAUACUUGGCUUGUAUAGAUCUCUCCGCGUUUAAUGCGGUGGGCAUAGAAGAAGUGAAGGAGUCAGAGGCUUCCAACACGUGGCAAGCCCUGGAGUGGUGGCUGGCUUCCAUUGCAGUCCAUGCCCCGAACUCGCCUGUGGCCAUCGUUGGCACGCACGACGACUGUCUUUCGCAAGACUCCCGCCGCAAAGUGUAUGCUGAAGUCAAUGAGCGCAUAUCCGCUUUCUGCACGAAGCUGCCCGAACUCAAUGAGCAAUUACAGAUCAAUGAGCAGAGCCAGCUCUGCUUCUUCCCAGUUGACAAUGCUAGCACCGACAGUGGAAGAUCCAUUUCUGACCUUCGCGAAGCCAUUGAGAGCAUGGUCGCCAAACUGCUUCAAGGACCUCUCAGCACGGCUGUGCCCCUUCGCUGGAGCCAUUUCUGGGCUGUGCUGCAGCGGACCGGUGGCAACGGCAACCUGGGCCCGCUGACGCGCGUGGAAGACUUGUGGCAGCGUUGCAAACGAUACGGCUUCGAAUCGCGGACGGAACUGCAGAGCUUCUUGCGCCAUUUUCAUGGACUUGGUGCGUUGCUCCACUUCCCGGAGUCAGUCUUUGAAGAGCUGAGAGAUUUAAUUUGCCUGAAGCCCGGUUGGGUUGGCGAUGCUGCGGCCGCUGUGCUCACAGCGAAGGACAAGGUGUUCCAAGGCUGUGUCAACCAAGUUGCAGAGCUGAAGGAGAAAGGGCUGCUCCACGCGCAGCUCCUUGCGGCAGUGUGGCGUGCAAAAGUUUUCUCCAAAUAUCAAGGCGAAUUGGUCGGCCUUCUUCAGGCUCUGGAUUUGCUUCUAUCCUGGGGGCACGACAAGCAGAGCCCAUUGCAGCGGCAGAACGUGUUUCUGGUGCCCUCGCAGCUACCGCUGCGGCCGCUGCGCGAGCGCGCCGAGCGCGAAGAUGACCAGGACGCCUGUGUGCUGUACUUGGACUUCCAUGGCCUCCUCCGUCGCCUUCUGCCAACACUGAUCCCACGAUUGCUGUGCAGUUUGAGCAAAGUCGAGUCUGGAGUGCAGAUCCUGUCAAUGUACGCGAACUUCGCGACUUUCGCUGUCUCCACACAGGGCCAAGCUCAGGGAGACUCUCUGCGAUUCUCCGGGAAGUGGCGUCCCACGGAGCUAUUGUUGGUGUCUGUCCAGCCUUGGGGUGAUCUGCUGCGCUGCGCCUUGCGCCCACGGCGCUCUGAGGCACAAGCGCGGCAUUCGUGGCGGCAUGUGGAGCGAUUGCUUCACAACUUUCGAGAGGCAAUUACAGCGUGGAUGCCAAGGAUAAGCUUUCGCGCCGGCAUCCGAUGCCCCACUUGCACGGCUGGACACACACAUGUCCUCGACCUGCACAGUGUGCUUCGAGAUGAAGACCUUGCUGUCUGCCCUAAAUCCGGUGACAUCAUUGAGGACUUACCUUCUUGGCUCCUAGAUUGGCGACAGCAUCUGUUGCAACGUCAGCAGCCAGGGUCUCCGCGCGGUGUCGGCAAGCCGGAAGACAGUACUGACAAGAAGAGGAUUGACAGAGACCCAGUCAAGUCUGGAGAAAUGGGCCCAGGACCGCCGAAGGCGGCAGGGCUCCACCUCGAAUACCUGUAUGCGUCUCCUCUGGAUGUGGCGCCGCUGGACAUCCGAGCUGAAAUUGAAGCUCUGGCUACAAUGCCUGGCGUGGAGUGCCUCUCAGUCCGCACAGCCACCACAGAAACUUUGGCGGAAGUUUGGAGGACGGAGCGUUCCUCACCGGCCCCUCGGGUCCUCGUCCUGUCAGCCCAUUGUGCGGUGGAGAAGUCUCAACCUUCAUUGUUACUCGAGGACGCAGUUGGUCACGUGCAAGUGGUAGGCAUCCGGGACAUGGAUGAGUUGUUGGCACUGAACGAUUUGAACGGCCCGGACCUUGCAGCGGGAGACAGGCCAAGCACUCCAGCUGACAAUUUCGAUGUCGUGGUAGUUGAUGCGUGUCAUUCUGAGUCGCUGGCGGAGCGCUUCGUCGCCUCCGGGGCCAGCUGUGCUGUCGCUUGCUCGGGCGAAGUGUUUGAUGCUGCGGCCCGCGAAUUUCUUCGUAUCUUCUUGCGGUCGUUGGCUGCUGCACUUCCCAAGUCAGCAUACCCUGUCACCGCGUUGGCCCGUGCCUCCUUCGCCGCGGCGCAACGGGCCGUGCGCUUGUCGCCUCAGCCGGGGCUGCGCUCGGAGGCCGAGCACUUCCGCUUCUUUCCGACCAAGCUCGCCCCCGGCCCCGAUGUGCAGCUGCCCCGCUUGGCGCUGACUCUGCCGCGCUUCAGCGGGUUGGAGGCACACGACGUUCCUCCACCCGUGGAAGAUUUUGUGGGACGAGGUUCCACUAUGGCAGCCGUGGCCAAUGCCUUCUUGGGUCAUCGUCGGGUUGUCUGGCUUCACGGCAAGGCUGGCAUCGGCAAGUCUGCUUUCAUUUCCGAAUUCUGCCGCUUCUACUCGCUGCCGGGGGACAGGCUCUUCUCGCCAAGUGCUCUGCGGCUUUGCCGCAGCCGAGAACUCCCCUCCGAGGCCGAGGCGGCUGCAGGUGGCCGCGCUGCGUUGAAAUGCGGGGCAGUGCGGGUGCGCCUGUCAGGGCUCGAUCCCAUGGCUGCAGUGGCCAAGCUCCGGGAAUCUUUGGUAGGAAACCGUUGCCUCUUUCUAGCGCUCGACGGAGUUGAGAAGAGCUUUGGAUCUUCCAAUCCGGCUGCAGCUGAUUUGUGGGCUUUCCUGGAAGAGACUCUCGUGGAGAGUCCUGGGCUGCGCGUCCUCCUCGCCUCCCAGUGCCCGCGGUAUGAUGCACCGCUCUCCGGAAAGGUUGUUGCGGUGGAGCUUCCGCCGCUUGGUCGCGAGGACGCCUGCUUGCUGCUCGCACGGCGCUCCCACCGUCCGUUGUACCCACGGGAUCUUGAUGGACCAUCCGUCCGCGGGACGACGGGCGAAUUGCCGUUGGCCCUGGCCGGGCGCCGCCGGGAGUUCUUACAGCGACUGGCUGGCCAUCCGCUGAUGCUAAAGAUGGGCGACACGCCCGCGGAAGUGAUUGCAGCUGCCGCGCAGAUUACUCCGCAACUCCCAUCGCUUUUCCAGCAUCCACUUCUACAGGAUUGUCCGGUUACUUCGUCUGACGAGUGCAACAAUCCUUUGCCUUCUGCGCCCACGUGA